UCGUCUAAUGUAAUUGGAGAAUGGCGUGAAGAAUUUGCUGCGAUAUUCCAGAAAGCACUGAGACGUAAUUUGCCGCCAGCCACACUUGCAUCUGACCACGACAUGGGCAAACUCAACUACGAUAAAUGGAACGCGUUAGAGGUCAGCGACGACUCAGAUAUCGAGGGUCACCCCAACGUCGACCAUGCUUCUCUUGUGAGAUGGAAGCAACGAGAUAUUCACGAGAAACGAGAAGCGCGGAAAUUCAAGAUCGCCCAAUAUGAGCAGGAAAUCAAGAACAACGACAUUCUAUAUCCCAAGAUACAAUCGAAGUCUCGGUCAUCCCUGACGAGAUCUACAGCCU